CAAUUUAAAAUAUGUUUUUAUUUAAUUCCUUAACUUCUAAUUGGGAUUUAAUCUCAAAAUAUUAUAUUUUAGAGAUGGCUUGAACAUUACCGAGUCAUGAGUUUAGUGAAGGAGGCAGAAAUUCAAACUAGGGUUCAAAUCAAUUACCCAAACCAGCUACAUUGUAUUUCAACUCUAGGUCAAUGCAUAAGGAUUUAGUGUACUUGGUAUGAACAACCCAUAACCUUCUAGCUAGAUUUCUAUCUAUCUACUAUAUCAUCAGCUUAACAGGUCUCCUGCAAAAGCAUCUCACCUCAACCGGAUAUCUAAUAGCAACGUCGUACUCCAUCAUUACACUUUCAUUGAGCUCUAAUUGUGUAGCCAUCAAUUAGCCACUGGUUUCUCCAAAUGAGUGCUAAAGAAAUAUUUGGUCAAGAAUGAAGAACAGCCACAGGGACGAAGAGCAAGACCCUAAAGAAGAACCACUCAACCACCAAGAAAAAGAAAUUCACCAAGAACUGGAAAAAGAACCCAUGUUCGAGAAAACAUUAACCCCAAGUGACGUUGGGAAGCUAAACCGUUUAGUAAUACCAAAACAGUAUGCAGAGAAAUGUUUCCCACUCCUCGAUGACUCGGUUGAUAAAAUGUUAACUUUCGAGGACGAGUUAGGCAAGAGUUGGAGGUUCAGGUAUUGUUAUUGGAACAAAAGCCAAAGCUAUGUAUUGACAAAAGGGUGGAUGAGGUUUGUGAAGAAGAAACAACUCAAAGCUGGAGAUAUCAUUUUGUUUGAGCAACACCCAACGGACAGUGAGAGGUUGUUUAUAGGUUGGAGGAAGAACGGGGACAACAGCAGCAGUGAAGUGGUGGUGCUAGGUAGCGGAUUGUAUCAUUCAUUUGGGCACCAACCUAAUGAACAUGGCCAUGGGGCUAAUGUUACUACUAGUGUCACAUAUCAACCUGAGUAUCUUCAUGAAGGUGUCAAGAAUGUGACGGUAGACAUAAAUUCGGAACAGUUGACAGUGAUAGGUGAGGUGAAUCCAUUGCAGAUUGAGAUUCGAGGAGAGGUUCCUUGGAAGAUUUCUCACAUAAAUAGAGGUCAACGUUGCAUAUCAGAUCUCAGAGCAAAAAAGGAGACAAUAGAGUGGGCAUUAUUAAUUACAAGCUUGCUUCUGGAGGGUUUAUCUGCAACUUUUGACCAAUUGGGUUAUGCGUUAAUGGGUAUGGUGAUGGCAUUUGUGGCUUUACUCCUUUCAACUAUGGAGCUCAUUGGAAAGGCCAGAAAUGAAAGGGUCAGGUGGGAAUGGAGGAGCCCCUUACCUAAUUUUUAUACUCAAAAUUCAACUGAUAAUUCCCCAAAUGGUGAGCUUUUUGGCAGCCUUGUUGAGUAUUUUGGAUUAUCUGGUGCUGUCUGGCAAUGCCUUUACUCAUCAAUGCAGUAUAUAUAUGCUCGUCGGAAUUUAGAUAAUCCUAUCAAAAUGUGUCUUCUACCUUUUAUUUUUGUGUUUUGUGUGCUUAUUUCCAAGUUGGUUAGAGGUUGAUACGUAAGCUUGUAUGUUUAGAAUAACCAGGGAGUGGUUUCAAUUAAAAAAGUUGAAAGCAAUACACAAGUUAAUUACCUCAUCAACACAAGACUUCAACUAAUUUGAAAUUAUAAUUUAGUUAUUGUUAUUGUGA